GAUGAUUUUGUGCAACUUCUGACUCUUUCUUGUGGUUUGACUCUUGAUUGUGCACUGUGAUACAAUUUUUGGUGAGAAACUUCGAAUGUAUAAUAAUAGGAGUAAUUGAGAGAUUAAAUAAUGACAUAUCUGCUCCAUGCAGCUAUCAUGUGUGUGAAUUUUUGUUGAAGUUGUUUUGAUUGAUCUUUUAUACAUCUUUCUCAUUUCAUUGUAUUUUCAUUUUACUCGUGCCUGGCCACCGCAAAGCCAGAGGCAAACCCGGGAUUCUAAGGGCCCACAGUUAUUGUCGUUCAUGCAUAGGUUGAUUGUUGAGUUUUCUUGGCUUAUUUGUUGUAUUAUUAGGUACAACUAGUAGGUUUCUUACUUUACUUUACGAAUAGAUUGCCCAACAUGUCCCUUUAUAUUUCCGCUAACCAUGGAAAUCAUGUCGUUGUGCCUCUUGCCAAUUCGUAUCAUGCCAAGUUGUGCCGUGCCAUACCAUACUUGGUCACCCAGAAAUGAGGUAUGAUCAUGGAAAUUGUGUUGUCUUCGGUCGGUCAUCUGUGCAUAUUGUUUAUUUUCAUUUCUGAUUGAUUAGAUAGUACCCUCAAAAGGAGUAUCCUUGUAACUUUUCCUCGUCAUAUUCCAAAAAUAAACAAUGAAUAUUGAUGGAAGACUUGGUCUGACUUUUGGGUUGAUCAACUACUGAUAAGUUACUUGUUAUAUUAUUAUUAAUUUUGUGGUGAUAUUUUAAUAUGUGGCUUAUUAUAAAAGGGUGACUUAGUAAAUGACCAAUGAAAUAUAGAUACGUACUGGUUAUGUUUUGGGUUGAAUUAUUGUAUUAGUAAUAUAAAUUAAUAUUAUUUUAAUGGUAUUCAAGUUUCCAAGGAAGAUACUCCCAAUAUCCAGUAGCAUUUGGUACAAGGACAAAAUUUGAUGAAACCAAAAAAAUGGACAAAAACAGGCAAAAAAGUGUGAUUUAUAGAGAAGUAGGAGAAAUGAACAGAUGAGCUGAAAAAAUAAUUUAAAUUUGUGGAUGAGAAUUAAAGAAAUAGUGUACGUCUGACCAAAAUAGAAAUGUCAACGGACCAAAAUGGAAAAUGUAGCAAAACCCGUAGUACGCAGUGGGUAUAAGACUACAUCAUUUGUUCUUCAUGUCAUGAAGCAAGUAAUCAUAAAAUAAUGAACUCAUUGUAGAAGUAAAUAUGGAUACAUUAUAAUAAUCCCAGUUUGUGAUUUUGUAAGUGAUUAAUUUUAUUUAUUAAUACCCUAAAUUGUGUUACUUUGACAGCCUGAUUCACUUUGGAUUCUUUUUAGCUCAGUUUUCUUUAAGUUGUUUUCUUUUCUAACUCCGAAAUCUUUUGUUGAAUCAUGUCUGAAUUGUUUUAUUUGAGUCCAAAUUACACUAACCAAAGCAUUGUGGAAGUCAUGGAGAACAAGAUUUAUGUUGCUGUAGGGAAAGAUGUUGAAGAUAGAGUAUCAGUCUUAAACUGGGCUUUAAACAUUUCAAGAGGGGAAACCAUUUGUGUGAUUCAUGUUCAUGUACCCAUCUUCAAUAAUUCAUCAUGCAAGAGAAAUGGAGGUCAAAGCAUUUCUUGAAUGGGAAAGAAAAGAGGUGGUCAAAAUGCUAGAUGAUUGUCUUGAAAUGUGCUCUUUGAAACAGGUACCGUCAGAAAAAAUAUUGAUCGAAAAGGAGUCUGUGACUGCUGGAAUUUCGGAACUCGUAUCUCGAUUGAGCAUACAGACAUUGGUCAUGGGUGCAGGAGCUAACAGCAGAUUUUUGAGGAGUAUAGCACCACCUGACUCAGAUACAGCCAAUUAUGUGCUCAAUUGUGCUCCUGAUUUCUGCCAUGUCUAGUUUGUAUGCAACAAUCAUCUAAUCUAUACAAGGGAACAUAUAAAGCUACUAAAUCAACGUAUGGA